AUGUCAGCCAUCAACGAGGCUGCAGCUCCUUCUGGCGCCACCGAUGCAGUUCUGAAGCCCUCUGAGCCCGUGCCCGAAGGUGCCAAAGAAGUCCAGGGUAUCGACUUCAAUCAGUAUGCAAACCGGAGCAUCACCGUAGAGGAGCUUAUCGCAGGAUAUUCGAACAUGGGAUUUCAGGCGACAUCAGUUGGAGAAGCAGUUCGGAUCAUAAACGGCAUGCGCGCAUGGAAGGACCCGGAAACCAAUGAGGGAACGACGAUCUUCCUAGGAUACACGUCCAACCUGAUCUCUUCCGGUCUUCGGGAAACACUGCGAUACCUGGUACAACACAAACACGUCUCUGCCAUUGUCACAACGGCUGGUGGGGUCGAAGAAGACUUCAUCAAAUGUCUCGCACCGACAUAUCUUGGAGCCUUCUCCACUCCCGGUGCCGGCUUGCGCGCCAAAGGCAUGAACAGGAUAGGCAAUCUUGUUGUACCGAACAGCAACUACUGUGCCUUUGAAGACUGGGUUGUGCCAAUCCUCGACAAAAUGCUGGAGGAGCAGGAAGCGAGCAAGAAGACGGACGAGCCAAUGCACUGGACACCGAGCAAGAUGAUUCAUCGUCUAGGUAAAGAGAUCAACGACGAACGGUCGGUGUAUUACUGGGCAUGGAAGAACGACAUUCCCGUAUUCUGUCCGGCUUUGACUGACGGUAGUCUUGGCGACAUGCUGUACUUCCACACCUUCAAAGCAUCACCAGAGCAGCUGCGAGUCGACAUCGUGGAGGAUAUUCGCAAGAUUAACACCAUUGCCGUACGUGCAAAGAGGACGGGCAUGAUUGUGCUGGGUGGGGGUAUCGUCAAGCAUCACAUUGCCAAUGCCAACCUGAUGCGCAACGGUGCAGAGAGCGCUGUAUACGUCAACACAGCCCAGGAGUUCGAUGGGAGCGAUGCAGGAGCACGGCCAGACGAAGCUGUGAGCUGGGGAAAGAUCAAGCUUGACGGCGACAGUGUGAAGGUGUACGCAGAGGCUACGGUGGUAUUCCCGCUCAUAGUAGCUGCGACGUUUGCGAGUGUGCAGCGGACAGAAGGCCCUCCACACUCACCGAGCCACCUCCAAUAUGCGCAAACGCCAUCUGCUCCACAACCUCUACAACAACCGACCGACGCAGACAUGAGCACAUCAGCUCUCACAUUGCCGCCUGUCGGCCAGAGACACGACCGGGAGGAUGCAGAGAUGCAAGAUGGAGAAGGCUUGACAAACGGACAAGCACAAGUCGAGCAAGCUUCUGCAGCACCCGCUGAAUCUUCCACCAACAUUGUUGCUGUCGAGGUCGAGGUCGCGGCCGUCGACGAGGACGUUAUGGACACGACACCGGACACAGACCAGCAGCUCGUGCUACCAAAUGGCUCAGCAAGUCAGACCAUCCCUUCCGCUGCUCGGUCACCUUCACCCACAGCAAAUGGCGCCGGCAGAGGAGAGGUAGGCAUCAUUGUGCAGACUGAACCUGCUGCUGCAGCAGAUGAUGCGACGCAGACCGAGCCUCCUCCCCCGAUCGUUCCUCCUCUUCUCUUCGAUCCAGACCUUCAGCCUCCACCGCCACCUCCGCCGCCUGUCGACCCUGCGGGAUCCGAGUCGGACUCGUCAGAUGAUGAAGAUGGCAUGCACCCGUGGCACCCCAUACAAGAAGACAUCUCCUCACCAGAUGAGAUGGAGCUGAAGGAGAUUGAGGCCUCCUCAGAACAUAGUGCUUUGGACCACGAGUACUGGGAGAGCCUUGCGUUUCUGCCUGUGGAGGAGCCGGAGUACACAGUGGGCGUCAGUGGACGGAUCGACUGGACCAUUGAAUCCUACAAUGGAACACGGGAGCACCCAAAUCGUGAAAUCGUCAUGAAGUCGGAGCCUGUCACUAUUGGUGGCCACCAGUGGCAGAUCAAGUUCUACCCGAAGGGCAAUGACUCGGACUAUCUGAGUGUAUACCUCGAAUGCCUCAGCGUUGUGGACCCAUCUUUGAAAAAGAAGGAAAGCCGUGUCGAUUCUGUGGCUAAAGAUGGCGUCGAGGAAACGACAAGUGAGGAUGUUCCAGCGGACGUUCCCGUGCAGGCCGUCGAACACCAAUACACACCUUUACCGCUCCUGGGAUCCAAGCAGCUGCCCAAACGAAAGAGCGUUGCAGCACAGGUCUCAGUCGUCAUGUACAACCCUACCGAGCCUCGCGUCAAUUACUCAAGGACCGCACUGCAUCGUUUCUGCAAUGGCUCGCCUGAUUGGGGGUGGACCAGGUUCCAUGGCCCAUACUACGAUAUUCCACAUCGCCUGCGAGGUCAACGACAAGCGCUUCUUCGUGAUGACAAGCUCGCAUUCACCGGCUACGUUCGAAUCAUCGAAGACGAGACUGCCUGCUUAUGGGAGCACCAUAGCCGAGAGAACCCUUGGGACAGCUUUGCGAUGACUGGUCUGCAGGGACUGAUGCUUGGUGAAGACGCUAGCGCUCCUGGCGGGAACAUGAUAUCGGCCAUCGCAUCGUGGAUGCUGUUCAAGCCGUUCAGGAAGCUUUUGUACAGCGCACAUGCGCCUGACCCGGAAGAAGAACCAACACAGGUGGAGCCUGGCGCCGGCGCAGUAGCACUAGAUGAUCUGCUUGACGCUCUUGAGUGGUACGGUAUCCAUGAUCGCAUCGACAAGCUCGAUGUCAUCGAAACAUGGGAGGUGUUGCGUGUGAAGCUUGAGGAAGAGUUGCGUAACAUGCCUGAAGCUGCCGCUUUCGAGACCAUGUGUGGACCGAAGCGUAAUCACAGCGUUGGUGUCCCAAGCUACCGAGUGCCUGUGGUGGGCGUUGAGAACAUGCAAGACGCGAUCAACAAAUCGACUGAUUUCACAACACCAGGACAAGAUCUGCCUCAACUGCUCACAAUCGAGUUGGAACGGCAGGAGUUUGAUUCUAAGACACGCUCGUAUGUGAAGCUGCUCAACAAAGUCACAUUAGACGAUCAUGUCCGGGUUGGUGGUGUGCAAUACACGCUCUACGGCUUCGUGGUCCACAAACAGACCCUCCAGUGGUACAGCUAUUCAGACAGCAAAGACGAGAACCACGUCAAAUGCCUCACCAAAAGGCAAGCUGUCGAUGCUCAUGAGGGCAAAGCUGGUACCAAUCGAAUUGAUGGCAGCGAUCCUGUCGCAUACAUUGUCAUGUAUGUUCGUGAUGAUACAACUGGCCUUGCCUUCGAAACAAGCGCCAAGUCCGAGCAGUGGGAGGUGCCCAAGUGGAUACGGACCGAUGUGGAGAAAACAAGAAACUCACGCAUCAUGGUUCCGUUGCCUCCCCCACCACCACCAAUCGAUGAACCGGCUCCAGUAGCCGACAGCGAGGAUCAGACUUCGGAAAAGGAGAUUGAGGAAUCAGCAGAGGCAGCCGAUUUUCAAGUAAUCGACUCCCGUUGUUUCCUACAGCAUGAGGGUCCCGGCACCUUCGAAGUCUACGGGUCGAAAUGGACCGCAAGCAGCGCCAAGCAUGUACACACGAUUCAGCUGUCACGUAAAGACAGUUGCGAUGAGAUUCGCAGUAAGAUUGCGUCAGUCAUCGAAGAAGUCAAAGAUCCUCGACAGAUCAAGUUUUGGUUCUUGGAUCCAUUACGAGGCUCCCAAGGCCGCCCCAACCUCUCGAGCACCGGCAAGAUGGAGUACUCUAGUGGUAGCUAUGAUCGCUUUAUGGAGCUGAAGGAGCGGAAGUUCGAUCAGUCAAGCUUUGCAUGCCGCCGCUUGUGGGUGCAUAUUAUAGACCACGCCGACCUGCCGGCACUUCCUCAAGAGGUGGAGAAGGUCCAAGAGACCGUCGAGGUACCGUUGUCAACGAUCAAUGACAAUAUCGUUGUGAUCAAUGCUGAGCCUGAGACGGACCUCACCCCUGUGGAAGUCGCUGCACGCUCCGAAGAUACGCCAAUGAGCGAGCCUGACGAACCUGAGCCGGAACCAGUCGUGCCUGUACAGCCGAGACCUCAGACACCAACCGCAGUACCCCUGGCCAACAUCCUAGGUACCGAUGAACCGAUGAUUGAAGAUGUUCAUGACGAGCCCGAGGCUCUAGAACCUCAUGUGUUGGUAGCUCCAACGGUGCCCGGCGAUACAGAAAUGGGUGGUACACAGGAUGACCUACCUCCUCCGCCUCCACCACCAGUCGACCUGCCGACAGGUUUCGUGCCGCCACCACCGCCACCACUAGAAGGUACUCCUAGCCCGGAGCCUCCGGCGGAUGAGAUCUACUUCUUCUUGAAAUUCUUCAACCCGGACAAGCAAGUCCUUGAGGCUCGCGGCACGUACAUUGUCAAGAAAUCUGCCAGAGUAGAUGAGACCCUUGUGACCUGUCUUGGCUUGCCCAUGGAGGAUAAGAAGAAGAUCGACAUCUGGGAAGAAGAGGAGCUGAACACCCUUCGACCGAUCAAGAACCGUCGGUCAUUCCUUCAAGUUGAUCUGCACAGCACCUCGGUCAUUAUCGUUGCAAUGCCCCAAACAAGCGAACAACGCAGCGCCCUCGCGGCCCGUGCUGCCUUCACAGAUCCACACUCCUUCCUCGCCUACCGGGCGUUUGCCCGCAAUUUCCCCUCCCACCUUAACGGACACUUUACAUACAACUACUUCUCCUCCGAGUAUUACAAGGGCGAGAUCAAGAACGGCCACCGCCACGGUCACGGCAAGAUGUUCUACCACAGCGGCGCAACCUAUGAAGGCACGUUUCAGCUCGGCCAACGCCAUGGUCACGGUCUCUACACCUUCCAGAACGGCGACACAUACGACGGUGAUUGGGUAGACAAUCAACAACACGGAUCUGGCACCUUCGUUGAGGCUGCGACGGGUAACACAUAUGUUGGCGGCUGGAAGAAUGACAAGAAGUUCGGUGAGGGAGUCACGCACUGGAAGAAUGCGCAAGAGGAAGAGCGUCUGUGUCGUAUCUGCUGGGAGGAUGCGGCGGAUGCGGCUUUCUAUGACUGCGGGCAUGUGGUGGCGUGCUUGCAGUGUGCGAGGGAGGUGCAGAAUUGUCCAGUCUGCAGGAAGAGGGUGAUGUGCGCCAUGAAGCUUUACUACGUGGCUUGA